AUGGUGACCAAACCGUCUUUACCUAUAAAUGCACUCUCUUCACAUGCCAAAUUUUACACUAUGUAUGCAAAUUUUCUCUCUCUGUCUCUAUCACUUUCCCCCUCUCUCUCUCUCUCGUUCUUUCUCUCUCUCGUUCUUUCUUUCUCUCUCUCUCUUUCUCUCCGGUUCCUUCUCUUUCUUUCUCUCUGUCUUUUUUUUUUCACUUUAUAUCUCUUUCUUUCUCUCUUUCUCUUUCGCUCUUUCUCAUUCUCUCUCUGUUUAUCUUUUUUCUCUCUCUUUCUCUAUCUCUCGCGCUUUCUGUCUGUUUCUCGCUCUCUCUCUCUCCUCUCUUUCUCACUUUCUCUCUCUUUAUCCUUUUCCGUCUCUGUCUCUUUCUCUUUCUUUCUUUCUUUCUUUCUUUCUUUCUUUCUUUCUCUUUCACCUUCCCUCUAUUUCUUUCUCUCUUUCUCUUUCUCAUUUCUCUAUCUCUUUAUGUUUCUUACCCUUUAUGUUUCUCUCUCUUUCUUACGCUAA